GCUCAUAUAAAGAGCCUUUCUUACGGAGCUGCAGGAGACACACUCUGAACUCUCUUUACUUCAGCUGCAGUAUCUACUCCGUACUCUUUAACCCGAACAAGAACAGUAACCAUUACAACCUAAACAUGGACAGCAAUUUUGGUUUGAGCAGAAAUAAUGAGGAAAUGAGGAUAGUGAUGGUGGGGAAGACAGGUAUUGGGAAAAGUGCCACUGGAAACACCAUUCUGGGACGAAAGUGCUUUGAGUCAAAGUUCAGUGCAAUGUCUAUGACUGUAGACUGUUCCAAGGGCAAAGCUGUGGUGGAUGGGCAACAGGUGGCUGUUAUCGACACCCCAGGCCUGUUUGACACCAGGUUUGGCAUGGAAAAAACAACUAAAGAUAUGAGCCAGUGCAUCUCUUAUGCUGCUCCUGGACCCCAUGUGUUCCUGGUGGUCAUCCGGCUGGGCAGAUACACUGAAGAGGAAAAGCAGACAGUGCAAAAGAUUCAAAAAGUCUUUGGCCAGGCUGCAGACAGAUACAGCAUGGUUCUCUUUACUCAUGGGGACCAACUUGAAGACACAACUAUUGAAGACUUCUUGAAGGAAAGCCCAGACCUGCAAGAACUUGUGGACGGAUGUAAUGGCCAGUACCAUGUCUUCAAUAAUAAGCUGAAGGAUCACUCUCAGGUCACUGAGCUGCUCCAGAAGAUCAGAAAUUUAAACCAGAAGAACGGAGGAAGCCACUACACAAACAAGAUGUUCCAAGAGGCUGAGAGGGCAAUCGAAGAAGAGAAACAACGCAUCCUGAAAGAGAACGAAGAGAAAAUACGCAAAGUACAACAGGAAUUGGAGAGAAAACUUCAGGAAAAAUAUGAAAAGGAGAUGAAGAAAAUGAAUGAACAACUUCAGGCUGAGAGAGAGAGGGAGAGGAAAGAGAGAGAGGAGGAGAGGAAGAGGGAGAGGGAGGAUAUGAAUGAGGAGAGAAAGAGGGAGAGGGAGGAGAGAGAAUCAGAGAGAAAGAGAGACGGAGAGGAGAAAGAAAGGGAGUAUGAAAACCUGAUGAAUAAAAUGAAGGAACAGCAUGACAAAGAACUGAGAGAGGAAAAAGAAAAGUUAAAGAACAAAUAUGGAAGUAUGGCCAGAGAGAAAGCUGAGGAGAAAAAUCCAUUUUAUCGUUUCUUUGAAAUAAUUGGAGAAACAGUUGUGGGAUGGUUCAUAUAGUGAGUGAUUCAGGCAGCAAAACUACAGAGUAUCCAUCUAGAAGCUCCUAGUCAAGAAUAUAUGAAACAAUUAUUUCAUCCAUAGAACUAAAAUCACAAUUAUCUUUGUUAUUAUGUGAGUGAAUGAUAAUAAAGCUAAAUGUAUUUGUUAAAGUAGAGCUAUAUACUGUAGGUUAGUAAGGCCUGUUUACUCCAUGGUCUACUCAUCAAAUCAUUCUCUCACACUGCCACCUAGUGUUGCUUUUGCAUUAUUUUAAUAAAGCCCAAGGAGAUAUUCCAUAAUAUAAUUAUUAAUACAUUUUACUAUACAGAACAUAUAAACGAUUUUCUUUUUUUCAGUUUUUUGUCAGAUUUACAUGAAUGUAUUGUAGUAAAUCAUUACGUUAUUUGAUUUUGUCAUAAAGGCUUUAUUUCAUGGAUUAUGUUGAUAAUUGAUGCCACUCAAUAACAAGUUAUCUAUGUGCUGAUGUGCUACACUGAACAAGAAAUAAAGAUGAUAUUAUACUUUUAUGUUCUCCAAUGCCAUUCUCAUUGAAUUCAAGCACAUAAUGCAUUAAUCAAGUAAUUCUCUUUCUCGUUCCACAAAAUGUAAGCAGAGGUUUCUAUUCAUUCAGUACUUUAAUGUUUAAUGUGGUUCAUGCAUGUUAUUAAGUACUCUGAAUUACCUUUGUGUAUAAUAUGUGCUAUUCAAAUAAACUUGCUUUGCCAUCUCUC